AUGGACCCAUCCAUCCAACCUACUCGAGAACCGAAUUACGCGUUGUAUCAGAAAGAAUGCUUUCUGCUCUCCCAGCAAGGUUCUCAUCCUGAUUUCUCCACACGACCUGAUAAGCUCGAACAACUUGCCAAGGAAAGUCUAACCAAAGGUGGAUGGCUAUAUGCGAGCUGUAAUGCCGGGAUCGGAUGGACUGAUAGAGCAAACCGAGAAGGUAGAUGGAGGAUAAUUCCUCGCAUGCUUGUCGACACCACAGCUCGGGAUACUACUACUGAGCUGUUCGGACACAAAGUAAAUGCUCCGAUAUGCUUCGCUCCAAUUGGUAUCAAUAAGAUCUAUCACCCACUGGGAGAGAUAAAUGCUGCUAAAGUAGCUCAAGAACUGAACCUCCCAUACUGUUUGUCUACCGCCGGCAGCCAGCCUAUUGAAGAUGUGGCAAAGGCGAACGGGAACGGACCAAGGUUCUUCCAGCUAUACUGUCCUCAUGACGAGGAACUUGAAGACAGCUUGUUGAAGAGAGCUUGGGAUAGCGGCUUUGAUGUCUGCAUUCUUACACUUGAUACGUGGCAACUUGCUUGGCGACACGAAGACAUCGCUAAUUCUAAUUAUGCUUUCUACCGAGGCAUCGGCGCAGACAUUGGCUUGACCGAUCCUGUAUUCAGGAAGCGUAUUGAGGAAGCUGGACUUAAUCCCGAAAACCCAGAAGAUAUGCCAAAGAUCGGCGAAAAGUGGAUUGACAACGUCUGGCAUGGAAAAGCCCAUACUUGGGACAAAAUUCCGAAACUUGUUAAGAAAUGGAAAGCCAUUUCGAAUGGUAGACCAUUCCUCUUGAAAGGUAUCCAGCAUCCCGAAGAUGCACGUAAAGCAGUCGAGGCAGGAUGUGAUGGUAUCGUAGUAUCCAAUCAUGCGGGUAGACAAGUCGAUGGCGCUGUCGGCAGUCUGGAAGUGCUCCCAGAGAUCGUGGAAGCUGUUGGAGACAAAUGUACUAUUCUAUUCGAUUCGGGAAUUCGUACUGGAGCGGACGUAUUCAAGGCGCUGGCUUUGGGUGCGAAGGCAGUUCUCGUCGGCCGACUAUGGGUCUACGGGAUGGGAAUAUCAGGUGAAGCGGGGGUCAGACACGUCAUGAAGUCAUUGUUGGCUGAUUUCGACAUCCUCAUGAAUUGUGCCGGUGUCAACAAAAUAUCCGAUAUCGAUAAGUCCCACCUUCGUUACCUAGAGGGCAUCGGGGGUCUUGGGAACAUGUGA